AUGUGUCAGUCCUACUUUGGGCGAAGAAUGCCAUUCAGCUGUAGAGAAAUAUGGCGUCUGGAGGACAUACCACGUGAUUUCCUGAAAGCAUUUCACGCGGACUCAAAGUCAUCCGAAAUUUUCGAUCCUCCAUCAAACUCUGUCGUCACUGACCCAGCAGGGGGAGAUAACCAUGUAUUAAAGGUUAUUUACCACAAAGGAAGUUGGAGUCAUCAUGGUCCAACAACGGGAAAACUUCAGUUUUUCUCCAGACCUACGUCACGUCACACAGCCUUGACCUUAAGCUACGACCUUUACUUUGACCCUAAUUUUGACUUCGUUCGUGGUGGGAAACUGCCCGGAUUGUGGGGCGAGUUGACGAACUGUUCCGGCGGACGCCAUUCCGACGAUUGUUUCUCCACUAGAUUCAUGUGGCGUAGUCAUGGAGACGGGGAGGUUUACGCUUAUAUCUCUCCGCGAGACGAGCAAGUCCCUGGAUUUUGUGACGACAAAGUCUGUAAUUCUGUUAAAGGCUACUCUCUAGGGCGGGGCAAAUGGUGUUUUCGGAGAGGUGAGUGGCAGAAUAUUGCCCAGUACGUGAAGCUGAACACCCCAGGUCGGACAGACGGCGUCAUCAGGGUGUGGUUCAACCACAAACUCGUCUACGAAGAGGACAACGUCAGCAUCCGCCAGACAGACAGCGUCAAGAUCGACGGCAUCUACUUCUCGACGUUCUUCGGCGGCGGCGAAAGCAGCUGGGCCUCAACACGUGACACGUUCACGUGCUACAAGAACUUUGUGUUGUCGACCAACGCGCACCACCCAGUCAUCGUUGGAUAAAUUAUGUUAAUGAACUAGGUCAGAUCAUGGGAUAUAAUAAAUACAAACCUUUUUAUUUCUUAAUUUAAUAAUUGUUGAUGAUUGAUAUUUAUUAAUAUACAUUAUUGUUUUAAGUACAAAAGGGCAUUUAAUGUUGAAUAUGGUAUGAAAUGUGAAAUACUGAAGAAGCUACAGCAAAAAUAGACAAAUCGUAUU